ACACACAACACACACACUCUCUCUCUCUCUUUCUGUCUGUCUUUCUUUCUUUCUACCUCUCAGUCAGUAAUAAUGGAGCCCAGCAGUCCCAAGAAGAUCCAGUUUGCUGUACCUCCGCUGCAGGGACAGCUGGACCCACAGGCCGCUGAACAUAUCCGUCGCAGAAGACCGACUCCGGCCACUCUGCAGAUCUACAGACAACCUGGAGCAGAUGUUGGAGAUCAAAACAACGCCAGCGGAGACUCACAGGCUUCAGACUCCUCUCAGAGGAAGCAGAGCACCUUCGCCCCGCCCACCAUGAAAGGUAAGCUGAAAAGUGCCGUACCCGAGGAAGAGGAGGAGGAGGAAGCCAACCUUCAGGACGGCUGAUCCAGGAGAGGAAACCUCAGCACAUACUCUGGACAAACCCAACAGACUCUGGCGUCCAUCAUGAGUGUCGCACCUGCAAGACAAGACAUCGAUCAGUGGGAGAGUUUAUUGAGAGACAGCAGUUAACGUUUAAUUAGAGUAAAAGGUAAAGAAACGAGUCAAACCAGCAGCUUCACUCUUAAUGAACUGGAAACAGCUCACUUUAACUCAUUCAGCUCAACAUGACUCCACACAAACCGUCACUAAUAUAUAUAACAUUUAUCUUUGUUUGUCCUGUAGUAGUUUAUAAAUAAGGUGGAGGUAUGAUUUCAGGCCUUUAACCAAAGCAGCAGACUGAUAACUCACUGCCAUCACAACAGUUAACAUCAAUAGGGAAUGUGAUGUCACCGACAGCAAGACGGACAUUUUUGUAGGAUAAAGGUUAAUUGUGCCGUCCGCUGGCUGUUUACUACAAAUGUCAAAAGAUAACACAAAACACUGCACAGUAAAUAAGAUUCAAAAUUGUAGUAUAUAGCCUAUAGUUUACAGUCAGACACAAAGGUAGGCUAACGUUACAGGUUUCAUUUUACGAGAUACCGGUAGAUUAAAUAUGCAGUGUUAGCUGACGUUUUGUUGGUAUUCCGUUAGAGUAACAUUAGCGAGCUUAUCUUUGUCCGGAUGAUCGUGUAGUUGGCAUUUGGCUUGUAGAUCUUAAAGGUCCCAUAUUGUAAAAAAGUAAGAUUUUCACGUCUUUUAUAGUAUAAAGCAGGUUUAAGUGCUAUAUAAAUAAUGUGAAAGUAUCAAAGCGU